CUUCUGAAAACACAGCAAUGGUAGGUUCUCACAAGAAAAAGAAAAAUUUGCCUAUUGGAAGCACAUUUAAACUUCCUGCUGAAAUACCAGUUUGGCCACCAGGUGGUGGAUUUGCAACAGGCAUCAUUGACCUUGGUGGUGGGUUGCUAGUGUCACAAAUCACAACAUUCAACAAAGUUUGGACUAUCUUUGAAGGUGGAGCAAACAAUCUUGGGGUGACAUUUUUUGAACCAACAGGUUUAUCUGAAGGAUUCUUCAUGCUAGGAUGUUACUGCCAACCUAACAACAUGCCUCUUCAUGGUUGGGUUCUUGUGGGCAAAGAUAACUCUUCACUCUCUAAUGGAGCUUUAGCCAAACCAGUUGAUUACAACAUGGUGUGGACCACUAGGUCCUUGAAAACAAAGCAAGAUGAAGAAGGUUACAUUUGGCUACCGAUAGCCCCAGAUGAGUACAAACCUGUGGGCUAUGUUGUCACCACCUCACCAGAAAAGCCUUCUCUUGACAGAAUCAGGUGUGUCAGAUCAGACCUCACCGAUGAAUGCACAAGAUACAAUUCAAUGAAGCUUUGGAGAACAGAAAGCAAGAGGUUUGGUGUGUUUGAUGUUAGACCAAUGAAGAGAGGCAUUGGAGCUCAAGGUGUAAGUGUAGGAACCUUCCUAGCUCAAAGUGGAGGAGGGACAAACCCUAAACCUUUACCUAUAGUUUGUUUGAAAAACACAAAGGCAAGUUUUUCCUACAUGCCCAAUUUAUCUCAAGUUGAGGCAAUGAUCAAGGCCUAUUCUCCGUACAUGUACUUGCACCCCAUGGAAGAGUACCUCCCUUCUUCUGUGGACUGGUUUUUCAGCAAUGGGGCAGUGCUGAUGGAGAAAAGAAAGGGUGUGAUAAGGGAGAAUGCAAUAAGAGAAAAUGGCUCAAACCUUCCCCAAGGUGGUUCUUUUGAUGAUGGAGUUACAUAUUGGUUGGACCUUCCAUUGGAUGAAGCCAAGAGAGUUAAGGUAAAGAAAGGAGAUUUGGAAAGUGCAGAAGCUUAUGUUCAUGUGAAACCAAUGCUGGGUGGGAGUUUCAGUGACAUUGUGAUGUGGGUUUUCUACCCAUUUAAUGGGGGUGCAAGGGCAAAGGUGGCAUGCACCAACAUUACUCUAAGGGGAAAAGGGGAACACGUUGGGGAUUGGGAGCAUGUGACAUUAAGGGUAAGCAACUUCAAUGGAGAACUGUGGAAGGUAUAUUUGUCACAGCAUAGUAGGGGUGAAUGGGUGGAUGCAUGUGAGUUGGAGUUCCAAAAUGGGAAUAGGGUUGUGGCUUAUUCUUCCUUGCAUGGGCAUGCAUUGUUCCCAAAAACUGGGCUGGUUAUGCAAGGGAUGAGAGGGUUAGGGGUGAGGAAUGAUGCUGCUAAAAGUGAUGCAGUGAUGGAUAUGGCAAAUGGGUUUCAAAUAGUUGGUGCUGAAUAUUUGGGGUCUGAAAUUAGAGAGCCACCAUGGUUAAAUUAUUGCAUGAAUUGGGGUCCAAAGAAUGGGCCAGAGGGUCCUAAACAGAAGGAUAGCUGGGAAGGAGAUGAGAGGUGUAAAUAGUACACUAUUUACCAAAUUAUAUGUUUCAACAAACACAUAGUAAAAAGUUUGAUAACUAUCAUCAAAAUCUAUCCAAAUGAAA